AUGCAAGGCUCUUUUUAAGUGAAGGAAUCUCUAGCUGACAUCUUUGAUUAAGUAAAAGAUGUAGAUAUACAAAUCUUUUGGGUUAUAUUAGAGAUAUUUCGAAAGGAAAAAGUUUAAGACUGCAUUGGAUAUCUAUCAGAUAUGGUGAAUCAGAGACAAUUAGAAUCAUAAAUUUUACAUCAAGAAGGAAAUUUCACCCGAGCUGAAACAGAAUAGAAAUUUUCUGUUAUUGGAAAUGAUAUUAAGUAAAUUUCAGAUGUUUUAAGAAAAUUAAAAGAUCAUGACUUCAAUUACAAAGACCUUUCCUCUGAAGAAAAUGAAGAAUCUACAUUAAGUCUUAUUAAAAGCAUCAAGGAUAAUAGAACGAUCAAUUAAUUUCUUCAAUUUUUAGUUCAACUCACUUCCAUAAAUGACACUUUAAUAUAAUGUGGGUCUAAUUCAUUAAAUUUAUUAGUUUAAAUGCAGGUGAAUCUUAGAAACAAAAAUUUUGAAAACAUUAAAAUUUAAAAUACUUCUUUAAAGGAAGCUAAUUUUGUUAGGUGUAUUUUCAGUGGAUCCUAAUUUUAUAAUGUUAAUAUUAGUGGAAUUAAUUUGAAUGGAGCGGUAUUAUUGAAUUGUAAAUGGAAGAAUUUAAGAAUCCAUCAUGAAUUAAAUACAUUAAAUGGUCAUAGUGGUAGUGUGAGUUCAGUCUGUUUCUCUCCUGAUGGAAAUACAUUAGCUACUUGUAGUUAUGAUGGGUCUAUCUGUCUAUGGGAUGUCAAAACAGGAUAAUAAAAAGUCAAAUUAUAUGGUCAUUAAUAUUAAGUCCAUUCAGUUUGUUUCUCUCCUGAUGGAAAUACAUUAGCUUCUAGCAGUUGUGAUACCUCUAUCUUAUUAUGGGAUGCUAAAACUAAGAAAAAAAUAGUCAAAUUGGAUGGUCAUUAAUAUUAAGUCUACUCAGUCUGUUUCUCUCCUGAUGGAAAUACAUUAGCUUCUAGCAGUUGUGAUAAGUCUAUCCGUCUAUGGGAUGUCAAAACGGGAAAAUAAAAAGUCAAAUUAUAUGGUCAUUAAUAAUAAGUCUACUCAGUCUGUUUCUCUCCUGAUGGAAAUACAUUAGCUUCUGGUAGU